AUGUCUUCCCUCGACAACGUGCCAAGCAUCCCCAAACCAAGCGCCGUGAUAAUGGCGGCGAGGACGGCAAAAACCGACCAGCUCCGCACCGCUACGGUAGAGCCGACGCAGAGUUCGCGUAUAACCGCCGACUUUGGAACCAAGCAGAGCAAUACCGAUGACUGGCUGCGCGUUGCAAAUGACAAGACCACUGGUCCCAUGCUACUGGAAGAUGUCUUUGGUAGGGAAAAGCUACACCGGUUCGAUCAUGAACGGAUUCCCGAACGAGUGGUCCAUGCCCGUGGCACUGGCGCCUUCGGAACGUUCCGGCUACACGAAUCCGCCGAGGAUGUCACCUACGCCGGAGUGCUGACGGACACGUCUCGCGAAACACCCGUGUUUCUUCGAUUCUCGACCGUUCUGGGAAGUCGCGGCUCUGCCGAUACCGUCCGCGACGUGCGCGGCUUUGCUCUCAAGCUGUACACCGACGAAGGCAACUGGGACAUUGUCGGCAACAACAUACCCGUCUUCUUCAUCCAAGACGCCAUCAAGUUCCCCGACUUGAUCCACGCCGCCAAACCAGAGCCGGACAACGAGAUCCCGCAAGCGCAAUCCGCGCACAACAACUUCUGGGACUUUAUGUACAUGCACUCGGAAGCAACCCACAUGUACAUGUGGGCCAUGUCGGAUCGAACUAUUCCUCGUUCUUUCCGAAUGAUGCAAGGCUUCGGCGUGAACACGUUUACCCUGAUGAAUUCCAAGGGGGAACGCCACUUUGUAAAGUUCCACUUUACGCCCGAGCUUGGCGUUCACUCUCUUGUCUGGGACGAGGCCCUCAAGAUUGCAGGCCAGGACCCCGACUUCCACAGAAAGGAUCUCAUGGAAGCCAUUGAGAACGGCGUGUAUCCCAGGUGGAAGUUUGGCAUCCAGGUCAUUCCCGAGGGUAAAGAAGACGAUUUCGACUUUGACAUCCUCGACGCCACCAAGGUGUGGCCCGAAGAUCUCGUGCCCAUUCGAUACAUUGGCGAGCUCGAGCUGAACCGAAACGUGGACGAGUUCUUCCCGGAAACGGAGCAGGUAGCCUUUUGCACAAGCCACGUCGUGCCCGGUAUAGGAUUCUCCGACGACCCCCUGUUGCAAGGCAGAAACUUUUCCUACUUUGACACUCAAAUCACCCGUCUGGGCAUCAACUGGCAGGAGCUCCCCAUCAACAAGCCGGUGUGUCCAGUGAUGAAUUUUAAUCGCGACGGCGCUCUGAGACACACCAUUGCCAAGAGCAAAGUCAACUACUGGCCCAACCGGCACGGGGUGCAGCCACCCGCCGCGGCGGGCAGAGAAGGAGGGUACGUCGAUUAUCCUGAAAAGGUCGGCGGCAUCAAAGUCCGCGGCAAAAGCGAGAAAUUCCGGGAGCACUUCUCUCAGGCCCAGCUGUUCUACAACUCCAUGUCGGAAGUGGAGAAGAACCACAUCAAGGCCGCGCUCUCCUUUGAGCUCGACCACUGCGAAGAGCCCAUCGUGCACGAGCGCUUGACCCAGCGUCUUGCAGACAUUGAUUUCGGACUGGCCCAGACCGUCGCCAGCAUGGUGGGCGGGCCGAGCCCCUCGCCAUCCGCCAGGCAAAACCACGGGAAAAGGGCCAAGGGCUUGAGUCAGCUGGAGUACAUGCCCGAACGGGUGACGAUUGCGUCUCGCAAGGUUGCCAUCCUCAUCGCCGACGGCUACGACUCCAUCGCCUACAAUGCCAUUUUCGUGGCGCUCAAGGCCGCGCGGGCAAUCCCCGUGGUGCUUGGCCCGCGCCGCUCGGCGAUUUACUCGGCCGGCCAGGACAAGAGUUCCGGCAAGGGGCUCGUCCCCGACCACCACUUUGAAGGACAGAGAAGCACCUUGUUUGACGGGCUCUUUAUCCCCGGCGGGGAGGAGUCGGUUGCCACGCUCAAGAAGAUGGGCAGAGUCACGCAUUAUAUCCGAGAAGCGUUUGGCCAUCUCAAGACUAUUGCUGCGACGGGUGAAGCGGUGGAUUUGGUCAGGCACGCUGUGCAGUUGGACGACGUGAAGCUGUCCGGGGGUAGUGACGCGGUGGAGAGUUACGGCGUCGUCACGUUGAAGGACGCUAAGCCCGACUCUCUGAAGGAGGUGAUUCACGCAGGGAAGAGUGCAAAGCACUUUCUGGACCAGUUGUUCUACUCGAUCAGCCAGCAUCGGUGCUGGGACCGAGAGCUGCACGGACUGGCCUCUCAAGUUGCGUAUUGA